AUGGCGGCAGAAACUGGCAAGAUGAGAGGGAUUAAAUGGGGAGCAAUCGGAGGGAGGGGAACUGGGAGGAAGGAAGAGGGGGAGAAGCGCGGGGGCGGCCACAUGCAUCAUCAACAAACAUCGCGUGUUCUUUUCAACUACAACCAUGGCAUCUCACUCGAGGUGGCAGAGACGGUGUGCAACCGCAUCACUCACGCUUGGGCUUCUGAUCAUGGAUCAACCAUAACGAUGAGUCAAAAACCCCGCGCCCGUACGAGUCCUCUGCUCGACACGACAAGUCAUCGUCUCUGGUCGGAACAAGCCAUACUCAGAUGCUGA